GUGGAGGGGGCGGUGAGUUUUUGCGAGGGUUUUUGGUGGGCAGAAGUGCUAAUUGGGAUGAAGUGAAUGUAUGGGGAGAGGGACAAGAGCGUGAGAAGGAAAGCCUCAAAAACGUUGUGGCCGCGCGUGGGGCUAACGGAAAAAAAGUCUCAAAUUCAAAGGGGCGAGGUAGCGUUGCUUUCAGAUUAUUAUUAUUUUCACAUUACAAUAAUGGACAAAGCUGGUAAAGAGAACCUGAAUGCGCUGCCAAGUCAUAAUAUCAAGACAGGUGUUGUGGAUGGCCCAAAACGAGUUCCUGUGAGUCAGAAUCGGGCACCUGGAGAUGCAGCCCAACCACAGCGCAUUCUGACUGCAUCAAAUGUUCCCCAGCGAGUGCCUAUUCAGUCAAAGGGCCGGAAACUGCCUACUCCCCACCCAAAACCUCCCAACCAGUUAAUUCAGCAGCAGCAUCCAACAACUCAGGUUAAACCAACAACAACGAUUAGGGUUCAAAAUAAACCAACUGAAGCUGCUCAGCAGCCCUCCUUGUCUGCAAAGAAGCCAGAAGCAGAAGGCAUAUCAAAUCAAAAGCAUGAGACCACUGGUGCAUCUAAAACAAAAAAUGAGGAAAAAAAAAAACAGUGGUCUCUUGAUGAUUUUGAAAUCGGUCGUCCCUUGGGAAAAGGAAAAUUUGGAAAUGUGUAUCUGGCUCGUGAGAAGCAGAGCAAAUUCAUCUUGGCAUUGAAGGUCUUGUUUAAAAUACAGCUGGAAAAGGCAGGUGUUGAACAUCAACUGCGUCGGGAAGUAGAAAUACAGUCUCAUCUUCGGCAUCCCAAUGUUCUCCGAUUAUAUGGCUAUUUCCAUGACACAACAAGAGUCUACCUAAUCCUUGAGUAUGCACCUCUUGGGGAAGUGUACAAAGAGCUUCAGAAGGUUACCAAGUUUGAUGAGCAGCGAACUGCUACUUAUGUCACUGAAUUGGCAGAUGCGCUGUUGUAUUGCCACUCAAAAAGAGUAAUUCAUAGAGACAUAAAGCCUGAAAACCUGCUGCUGGGAUCAGUUGGAGAGCUGAAGAUUGCUGACUUUGGGUGGUCUGUGCAUGCUCCCUCCUCUAGGAGAUCAACCCUUUGUGGUACCCUCGACUACCUACCACCUGAAAUGAUUGAAGGGAGGACCCAUGACGAGAAGGUGGACCUCUGGAGCCUUGGUGUUCUCUGUUAUGAAUUUCUAGUAGGAAAGCCUCCUUUUGAAUCCAAAACAUAUCAGGAAACUUACAGAGCAAUUUCAAAGGUGGAGUACAGAUUUCCUCCUUUUGUAACAGAGGGAGCAAGAGAUCUGAUUUCCAAGCUUCUGAAGCACAAUCCGUAUCACAGACUGCCGCUGGAAGAAGUGCUCAAACAUCCCUGGAUUACAGCCAAUUCUACAAAAUCUCCCAGGCACCGAAUCACCGAAGCCACUACCACUAAAGCUAUCCAGUCUUAGCCAAGCGAGCACUGCAGUAUUGUAGUUUGUGGCAGCCAGUAUCUGUAAUUUAAUUACACCUAUUGGAACACACCUUUCAUAGAGUUGGACUUGAUAAAGGCACUGGGAGCUGUUGAUUAUGAACCCCCUAGCUUUGCAACUCAAACUUUAUGGGGCUUGCAAGUGCAGUUGCACAGGAUAUGGAUACCUUUUACUUGAAGUCCAGCUGCACAUGAUCCAAACCCACUCAGGCACAGCUGGUCACAGGGCCUCUGCCUGGAAUUCACAAGUUGUCCCUCUGUGGGUUACCGGAACAAUGCAAUGACACUGAAGACUACAGUAAGUGUGGUGAUAUGAAAUUGAUUGAAUUUGCCUCUCCAAAUGUGCUGAUAAUUGUAAAGUCUCUUUAAUUGUCUGUCCUGUCUUUAGUUGCAAGAUAUAUAAAGCUUUUAUUAAAUAAAGAUUUGUUUAUCAACACAA